AUGCCACGAAGUGAUCCGUUUACGUUCGAUGAUUCAAAAUUACUGUCGAUGUACCAGUUGAGGACUUUGAAUCCUGAGAAUGACUGGGAGACUGAUACAUUAAAUCCUGAACUCGAUAAUGCAAAAACUAACAACAUCCAAAGAACCCUUGGCGAUGUUCCAGAUCCUUUAAAUCCAUCAAUGUCCAUGACCCAAGUCUUAAAUCGAUUACAGAUACCAGCUAAUGAGAGAUAUAAGUACUAUAUCCAUGGAAAUGGCUUUAACACGAAAUUAUUCUUAAGGGACAUCCAUAAGGAUGAUACUUUUAAGGAUUUGACGGAAGCAUUAAACACCUUAGAUUUUUCUUUACAGGAACAGAGUAAUCAUUUAAAGGAAUUGGUUCAAAAGAAUUUCGUUCGUUACGUUAGGUGUAAGUCAAAUUUGGAUCAGAUAUAUGACCAAUUCAAUAAGCGGAUGAAUGGUAGCGAUAAUUUCUUGGGAAUAUACCAUUUAGAUGAAUCGCUGAAUAACAUGGUUAGAGCAACUACUAUGAAACUUCUUCCGUUAGUGGAUCAAUCGACUAAAUUGAAGAGUUAUAGGGCUACAAUUCGUUACGUUGAAGAAAAUAGGGAAUUGUUCAAUCUACCUAAAACUUUAUUGGAAAAUCUAAACAAAAAAGAUUAUACAAAUCUCAUGGUUGAAUAUAAGAAGGGCGUAAAGCUCUACACGCAGGUAAAAAAAAAUAUUGUGGUUGAUAGAAUAUGGAACGACGUUGAAUCUAUCAUAGAACAGUAUAGAAAACAUAUUUGGGAUUUGCUUAUGGCACCGUUUGAAAAUGAGGAUCAGGAGUACUUUUUGCCUCUAAUUUCCAAAUUAAUGGACUUAAAGGUGGAGGAGAAUCCAAUUAAUAUAUGGAUAGAGACACGGAUAAAACACUUCAAUGCACAAUUAACUUCCUUGGCUCAAGCAAUUAUGGGUAAACUAGUCAUGGCGCAGCAAUGUAUCUUGAAGAAUAAUUCAUCAGAUGAUAUUGAUUUGUCAUUUUACUUGAACUUGGAAACUUAUUCUGAGGGCACACUUAGUUUCACGAGCAGAAACUAUAGUUUGACAGAUUCUCCAGUUAUUGUGGAAAUGUGGUUGCAGAUUUUAACAUAUAUUGAAUCGAUUUCUAAGUUGUGUUCUAAUUUUGUUGAAUUCUGGGAACACGUUGAAAGGUUUAUGAAUAAUAUUUAUCAAACUUCUUUGCUAAAUGAAAAGAGGAAAGAUAAUAUUAUUGGACUCAGUGACCAGACUCAAGAUGAAGCUGCUAUAUUACAGCUAUCUGCUGCUGAAGUUGCAAUAACGAAAGAACGAGGUGAAAAUUUCAUUAGACUUGUUAACAAAACUUUAUGCGAUUUAUUUUUAGCUUCACAAGAGAGCUUAGGUAAUGGGCCUACUGUUUCGAAGGAGAAAGGAAUUCCUUCGGACUAUGGUUUUAUCCCUCCUAGAUGUAAUAGUUUGAGUUGUCUGAGGUAUUUGCCCAAAAUUGUUGAUCCAAUUUUAAAAUUUACAACUGAAUUAGCACAGCUAACAAUUAAUGAAAACUCUAUUAAUAUUUUAAGAAACCUUGAUUCUAAAAUAUUAGAUCGUUGUGUUGGCGCUAUAUCUUCCACGAAACUAAGGGAUAUGUCCAAUUCUUACGUUUUGGAAGAUUGGGAGGUCUACCAAACAACAAGUCCACAAGAAUAUUGUAUUACCCAGUAUCCAGAGAUAGUUUUAUCCUUCAAUCAAUAUAGCAUUCGAACAAUGCGUGAUAUAUUGUUUUCCUAUGAAAAACUACCAGUAUUAAACGGUGUCUCUAUUGUCAAUUACCCUUCUAAGCAACUAAUCACUGGUAUUGAAGUUCAGCAAAUUGUGUCUUUAGAAUCAGUACUAGAAUCAAUCCUCAAAAAUGCAGCCAAAGAUAAAGAGAAUCCAAGAAACUCACAUACUAUUUUAACAUUAACUAACUUACAACACAUCAAAGAACACACAUUUCCAGAAAUCUUGCAGUAUUUCGAUGAAGCCUUUGAAUCAAAUUUAAGUACCAAAAAGCUUGAAAUAUUCACACUCUUGAAUAAAAUGGAGUCAUCUAUUUUUGGUAAUUACUUAUCUGGCUUGAAGUUAACUUUAAGGGAUAUAUUAGAAGAAAAGUUCCAUGAAAUUAACUGGGCAAUCCACAGUUCAAACUCAUUCCGUGCUGGCGAUUACAUUAUUGAAACAUUAAUGGUCCUAGUAACUGUUCACAGUGAGUGUUUUCAGCUUGGUCCCCAAUUAAUCCAUCAAAUUCUAAAGGAGACACAAAUAUUCAUAUCCAAAUAUCUCUUUGAAGCGUUUAAACCCUACAUUGGCAAUGUCUCUCCUGAUGGCUUAUUACAAAUAACGGUUGACUUGCAGUUUUUCCAGAGGGUGUUAAGAAGUUACCUAGAACAAGAAACUGAAGUUAUAUUAACUGCAUGUCUGCAGAAUUGCAUGAAUAAUGACAUAAGCAAAAUGCAGAGGUGCAUGAGCGAAACUGAACCCAUUGUGGCCUCUAACUUGAACAGGACUAGUGUUCAAUUUGCUUCGUUCGAAUCAUAG